AUGGCGAGCGUCCAUCGCCCGAAAGAACAAACACCUGCGAAGAAGAGGCCUGAUGGUUUCCGUGUCUUCUUGAGCAACCUCAAUAGACAAUAUGGCCUUGGCAUUCACGCCUCAGACUCGAAACUGACAGCCCGCGAGCGCCGGAUAAAUGCAAAUUCUGACCCCCAGGCUGAACGCGUAGGGAAGAUUCAGGAGCGCUUGCGCUAUCUGUUUUUCAAGGAACGGACUGUCCUCCAAGGAAUUCUGGAUCAACUACACGGGUGUGCCGCCAAGCCCCCCAAUACUCAGCUGCACGAACGUGGCGCCUUCCUAGGGACGCUUUCACUGCCGCAGGAGCCUUCUACCGCUCAAGUUGGUCCGAAUACGGAGACCGAGUUUCUGCAGACGACCCUCUAUAACCUCCUGUCUCAAGCCUGGAAAGCCCACGGACCACUUGAACGCUCUUUCGGCACCAUCCACAAAGCGGUGACCGAUGCAGGAGGAAGACCGUACAAGAGAAACUCUGGUGGAGCCUACCCUGAAGCACCAAAUAGGGAAUGCAAGAGAUCCCGACAGCGGGAAGGAGACGCAAACGCGCUUGACGAUGUGCCCGUCCGAAUCAGAACAGUGACUUCUCCCUUUGAAACCUCUGUCGACAGAGUUACUGCCUCCAGGGCGCCAUUGACCUUACAUCAGCCUCAGAAGUCGUCCCACAGUUUCUACAACAGGUCCGCAAACACAAGCAAUACAACACCCACUUCCAGCGUCUUCUCACAACCACAAGAGGUUGAUCAUGUCCUUCAAGGCAGUCAGUUAACGGUUGAGGCAAGCAGUCAGGAAAGACAACGGGGUGAUUCUUUACCGAACCCACAAUGCUCUUCGAGACAAUACGAUGCCGCUUCGGAUGCUGCCAGACUUCUGCAAGACUCACUCUCGAAACAUGAGGAGAGCCUUGCACAACUCGACAAACCACUAUCAAAGCAUCACCGCGAGGACCAUCUCGUAAACCAGCACGGGCUGUUCGAAGAGGACGGUUUUCAGAACUCGGAAACCACCAGUCUAGAAUCGCUUUUUGGUCUCAAGGAGAGACUGAGAAAAGUGUGGCCCAGACUGCCAAAGUUCCUGAACCAGGCGCCUUUGACUGUCUGCUGGGAGGUAACCCGGAUUGCUCUGCAUUGUGGUGUUGACCUGGAACACUUGACUGGUUUAUGUUACAGUGACCGUUGGGUCGAUCAACACACUUUACGAGCUGAGCUGUACAAGCACUCGUCAUUCCAAGGCAAGGCAUUCCCUGAGACUUGCCCUGAAGCAGCGUGGACCGCUGGCAAUGGUAAUUUUGAAGGACCACAGAGCAGGGCCGUCUGCAUUUCCAUUGAUUUAUCCUGGAAUACAGCCCCCAUAGGUCCUCUCUUCAGUGUCUCGCUUCAACCACUGAAGCUUGAUUUGGGACAUCGCCUAGGUCGUCGAUUCGGCUCAGACCGGUUUCUGGAGAUGAAUUUCCCGUCAUUCACUGCCACAGGAGUUCCCCCUCAACUCACACGCCUUAACGGUGCUACGGACACAAUCAUCAAGUGGCUAACGACCGAGAAGCACUUUUUGGCGGGCAGACAGUGGGCUGCUUUCUUCACGAGAGAUGUUGACAAGGUCACUGCUGGCUUAGCUCAGGGCCUUACGGCCUGGGAAGGUAAAGCCACGACGAAAACUAGACUAAAGCAAUGUCGUGUCUGUUGCUUUGCCGAGGGCGGUCACUCCUUCAGUCCAAGCAACCGCAUACCUGCAAAAGCAGACGCCAAAAACGUCAACGGAAGAACGAAAAUGAAGUUGACUGACAUGCUGGAGUGGGCAAUCGCCAUCAGAGCCAAUGCGGCUCAGCCAUCUUUGAAGCUGUUCUCACGUCUAGCCCUGAGUAACCGAACCUACCCAACCAUUGUCUUUGAGCCUGGCCAGAUUAUUCACCAUGCGGAGGACAUAUGUUCGAAGUCGGGAAAGGUUAUGAACGACGGCGUUGCUGAAAUGUCACCCAAAGCAGCGAAAGUCAUAGCCGAGUAUCUGGGCCUGGCCGACACGCCUAGCGCCUACCAAGGGCGGUUCGGAAGCGCCAAAGGAGUUUGGAUCGUUGGCACCGACCCGGACAACAAAGAUGACUUCGAGAUCGAAACAUAUCCAUCGCAACGCAAAUGGGAGUGCGACUUUUGGGACGAGGAUCACCGUACCUUCGAAGUCAAGACGGAGGCUCGGCCACUCAGGGCAGCCAAUCUGAACAUGCAAUUCAUCCCAGUGCUCGUCAAUGGAGACGUCAAGCGAGGAACAGACAAACACCGGAUGCGCAACGCUAUAGCUGGAUGCCUGCGGACGACCUUGAAAGAAGAGCUUGCACGCCAGCGCUCAUCCAUGAACGAUCCUGUACAGUUUCGACAAUGGAUCCACGAAAACUUCUUCCAGGGCUACCGUAGUGACCGCGUAAGGGACCAGAAUAUUCGCUUCCUUGCCGGACUGCCCGACAACGAGGCUGAACGGGUCAAUAUGCUGCUCGAUGCUGGAUUCCGGCCCAAGAAACUCUCAUUUCUCCGAGAGGUGUCGUAUAAAAUGGCGUUUCGCAAGUGCGAACUGUUGAAAUCCAAGAUGAAUAUCAAAGUUGGAUGCUCCACAUACGCUAAGAUGGUCGUUGACUUUAAAGGUGUUCUCGAAGAAGGAGAGAUUCAUCUCGGAUUUUCGACGAAAUUCAUGGACCCCGACGGACAGUUUUCUGAUACGCUUCUCCAUGGGAUGGACGUCCUGGUGGCAAGAGCGCCGGCCCAUUUCCCCAGUGAUAUCCAGCGUGUUAGGGCAGUCUUCAGACCGGAGCUUCGCCAUCUGAAAGACGUCAUUGUAUUUUCAAUCAAGGGUGAUAGUCCCCUGGCUGAUUUGCUCUCAGGCGGAGACUACGACGGCGACCAGGCCUGGGUUUGUUGGGACCCAGCAAUUGUCAACAGCUUUCAAAACGUCGCAUACCCUGUGGUUCCGGACUUGUUCGCGCUUGGCUACCUCGAGAAGCGCAAGGGAACAUUUCAAGAUCUGGUCCAGAAUAACUCUAGCAACAUGGACCGGGCUGUGGCUGAGUUUAUGUACGAGAGCUUCACAUUCAACAUGAAAGAACAGUUCCUCGGCAUCUGCACGGCCUACAAAGAAAGACUGUGCUAUGGUUACAACGGAAUCGACAACAACGAUGCCGUUGUACUUUCGCAUCUUGUGGGCAACCUGGUCGACCAGGCCAAGCAAGGCAUUGUCUUUGGUCGAGACCAGUGGGUUCGCUUCUGCAAAGGACUGCUUAAAAAUGGGUUGCAGAACCUCCCCGAACCACGUUACAAGGCUGAAACCGGUGUCAAUCAUAACCAAAGGUCCUUAGAGGACGGGAAACUUGACGAGGAACAUGUUUUGGACUAUCUCAAGUUCCGUGUGGCUCUACCUCUGGUCGACCAAGAGAUGGAGGCUUUCAACAGCAUGCUCGGAAAUGAGGCUGUCACCUUUGAUAAGGACCUCUUGGGGCCGUUUGACGAUUUUGAAAGGCUCAUGCAGACGUCCAUGCCCCUGGGUAACAGUGGAGCAAUAUUCCCAAAACCGGGGGCGUCGACGACAUUCAAGGAGUACUACAGGUCCUCGAGUUCCUUCGUCUGGAAUAUCGCUGGACGACAGUUGGCGUGGAUCAAGGCAUCGUCUCGUACGGAGGGCCCAGCAGGUCCUGUUGCAGUGACGUCGUCAAUGUACGCGAUCCUACGGCCAGAUUCCGGACUGGUCAAAGGCAUAAUGGCAAAGAAGUGCUCGGCCGACGGCCAGAGCGUGGUACUCGACGACGUUGAGUAUGACGAGGACGGUACGCAGAUAGACGAUACCUAG